AUGGUGGCCGAAUACAAUGGAACAACCGGCACUGCCGAUGCCGGGUACUCGACCAACGUCAAUGACCUGAACAUUUUCUACGACACGGGCAACCUAGCCUUCCUAACCAUAUCGUCGGUCCUGGUGCUGCUCAUGAUCCCCGGUGUGGGCUUCUUCUACAGCGGCCUCGCGCGAAGAAAGUCAGCUCUCCAGCUCGUCCUCCUCUCCAUGCUCUCCGUGGCCGUCAUCGGAUUCCAGUGGUUCUUCUGGGGAUACUCGUUGACCUUCUCGCGGACCGGAAACGCCUUCUUCGGCGACCUCACUCAGUUCGGCCUCAUGAAGACGCUCGCCCAGCCAAACGGCUCCUCUUUCCUCCCCGACAUCCUCUUCUGCCUGUACCAGGGAAUGUUUGCGGCCAUUACCCUCCUGACCCAAGUUUCUCCCAAAACACACAGGCCAGCUCUCGCCAUCGGCGCUGUUGCCGACCGUGGCCGCAUCCUGCCCGCCAUCAUCUUCAUCUUCAUCUGGUCGACGGUAGUAUACGACCCCAUCGCCUACUGGACGUGGAACGCAAACGGCUGGCUGUACAAGCUGCCCUCGUAUGACUUCGCAGGCGGCGGCCCGGUGCACAUCGCCUCGGGCACCUGCGCGCUCGCGUACAGCGUCAUGCUCGGCAAGCGAUCGGGCUACUCCAAGACGCAGGGCCUCCCCUACCGCCCUCACAGCGUAACCAACGUCGUCCUCGGCACCGUCUUCCUCUGGGUCGGCUGGUUCGGCUUCAACGGCGGCUCCGCGCUGGCCAUGAACCUCCGCGCCGUCAUGGCCUGCUACGUGUCCAACCUCGCCGCCUCGUGCGGCGGCCUCGCCUGGGUCCUGCUCGACUACCGCCUCGAGAGGAAAUGGAGCACCAUCGGCUUCUGCUCCGGCGCCAUCUCGGGCCUCGUCGCCAUCACCCCCGCCGCCGGCUUCGUCACACCCUGGGGCGCCGUCAUCGUCGGCCUCUGCGGCGGCGCCUGCUGCAACUUUGCCACCAAGCUCAAGUUCCUGACGGGCGUCGACGACGCCCUCGACAUCUUUGCCGUCCACGGUAUCGGCGGCAUGGUCGGCAACAUCCUCACUGGCAUUUUUGGAGCAUCGUACAUUGCUGCCCUCGACGGCAACACCUACUCUCCUAUCGGCUGGAUCGAACACAACUGGGUCCAGCUGGGCUACCAGCUCGCCGGCAUUUGUGCGGCGUUUGGCUGGUCCUUCGUGCUGACCUGCAUCAUCCUGUUCCUCAUGAACCUCGUCCCCGGCUUGAGUCUCCGCGUCUCCGCUACCGAGGAAGACGUCGGCAUCGACGACGCUCAGCUUGGCGAGUUUGCCUACGACUACGUCGAGCUAACGCGCCACGUAGCCGACUCCUCGUCUCCGGGAUCCAUGUCGUCCAGCAGUUCCACCCACGAGAAGAAUACCCGAGAAGUUGUCUAA